AAGGGUGCUUGAUUUCCACUAUAGCACUUACCCUCCUCAAGUGGUGUUAGACAGCUGACUUUGUUUCAUUUUUUUUUCUUUCACAUAUGCCCUAUUAACAUAAAAUAUCAUUGAAUAAAUGGGCAGGUUGAAUAUGACUGCUACAGUUGUUUCUAUAGUUCUUAACCAUGAAAACUAUAAGGAUUGGAGUUUUCGGAUGAAGACUUACUUUAAGGCCGAAGAUCUUUGGGGCAUCGUCAAAGGCACCGUUAAUAAACCUCCUGUUGGAGAAGAACGUAAGGCUUGGAAGAAGAAGGAUGCCAAGGCCUUAUAUGCAAUCCAGAAUUCUUGCGGGGAUGAUAUUUAUCCAUUAAUCAAGGACAAAACCACGGCCGAAAAAGCAUGGGAUACUUUGUCAUGGAGGUUGAGACAUGAAUCACCAGAUGAAAGACGAUAUGAAAAUGCACACAAGCCAAUUAGUGAAGCGUAUCCAAAUACGACAAAGUCGGCAUUGGAAGGAGGUCCUAGUAUCACUAGAGGAGCAGGACAUGAUGAGAGCAUCCAAGAAACUUUCGUGAAAUAUGUCAAGUCUAAUGAUUGGGAUAAUGCGAUCAACUUUCUUCGCCAACAUCCCCAGGCAGCAAGUGCAAGAGUUUCAUCGAAUGGUACAGCUCUUCACUACGCAAUCGAGAAGAGUUGCAGCGUGCGCAUUAUACAAGAGUUGGUGGAGUUAAUGGCAAUGGAACACUUGGAAAUACAAAACUGGAUUGGUUUCACAGCUUUUCAUUGUUUGAUAAUUCUGUUUCCAGAAAGGGUUGAAGUAGCUGAAUGCAUGGUUAAAAAGAACCCCGAUUUAUUAUUGAAGUCGGAAAUGGCUCUAGUUGUGGUGGCCCAAGGGCAUACAAAAGGAGAACGAAUGGCUCGCUAUCUCUAUUCCCUCACUCGACCCGAAACGAUAAAAGUUAUCGAUGCCGCUCAACUUAUUUUUGACGGUUUUCGUCUUCAUAGAUUUAGUACAACUCUUCCCCGUUUGAUUUUUUUUUUGUUACAAAUUUGUCUAUAUAUGUACUUACAAUGUUUUCUUUUCACACUUGUAUUAUAUAUAGAUCUUGCAUGGGAUUUGAUUCAACGUUAUCCAAAAUUGACCAUGGCUACAGACAAAAACGAUAAUAUCCCCUUAGUAACAUUGGCCAGUAACCGUUUUGCAUUCAAAAGCGGAAGGCCGCUCCAUUUAUGGGAAAAUUUGAUCUAUCAUGGUUAG